UCGCAGAGUCUCCGUCUGUUAUUGAUGCUGGUGUAGCUGAAAUUAAGCUCAUGUCAUUGAAGGAGGGAGAUCCUGUCAUUCUUCAGACUGAUGUUCCUCAACUACAAGGAGAUGAGCUGAUAGUGUGGAGGUUUGGAGAUGAAGGAAAACUCAUAGCUAAAGCUGAUAUAGAGGCCAAGAGCUCACCAUUAUAUGAUGAAACUGAUGAGAGAUUCAGAGACAGAUUGAAACUGAAUGAUCAGACUGGAUCUCUGAUCAUCACAAACACCAGAACCACAGACUCUGGACUUUAUACAGCGAAGAUCAGCAGCAACAAACAGACUUCAUACAAGAGAUUCACUGUUACUUCUGGAGGUCCUAGAGGUUCUUCUCCAGUCAUCAGUGCUUCUGGUUAUGGCUACUGCUUACCUCCAUGUGUUUCUGGGCAGCACACACUUUCCCCAAUGAACUCUCCCCAGAAGUCUGUGGCAUCCACUCCUGAGCUCUCUGCCACUGCCAUCCCAGAGUCACCUUCAGCACAGCCCUCACUAUUCACCACGUCACAGCCAUGGAAACCAUCGCUGUCUGGAAAAACACUGUUACUGCUGUGGUGUCAAAUUAAGCAGUCUAUAUCUAUUAUGGUUAAUUUAUGUUUUGCAGGUGUGUUUAAUGCAGAAACAGAUAAGACGGUGUCAGUGAUGGAAGGAGAUUCUGUCACUCUAAACACCAAUCUUACUGAAAUACUGAACGAUGAUACUUUACUAUGGUUGUUUGGGCCUAAAGAAUUUGUCAUUUCUCAAAUAACGAGAAAGAGCGUCUUGACCUCAUUUUUGGUCACCGAUGAUGUGAGAUUCAGAGGCAGAUUGCAGGUGGAUCAAAUCACUGGCUCUCUCACCAUCAGAAACACCAGAAAGAGACACUCAGGACAAUAUAAACUAACCAUCUCCAGAGAAAAGAUCACAUCCAGGAUAUUUAGUGUGGAUGUCUUUGGUGUGGUUGGUGAGACGGGUGGAGUGAAGUCAGUAUCAGUGAUGGAGGGAGAUUCUGUCACUCUUCUAGAGACUGGCACUGAACUACGGAAAGGUGAUGAGAUAAAGUGGUGGUUUGAGGAUCUCAUCCUCAUUGAAUUCACAAAAAAGACCAGGGAAACAAAUGAUACAGAAUGUGAUGUUGCUGAUGGGAUAUUCAGAAACAAACUGGUGCUGAAUGUGAAGACUGGAGAUCUCAUCAUCAAUAACAUCAGGACCAUUCACUCUGGACUCUACAAACUACAGAUCAGCCGCAAAAACGGAAAAACCGAAUACAUGAUAUUCAUUGUUACUGUCACUGUGAAGGAGGUGCCAGCGAAGGUUGGAGAAUCUGUCACUCUAGACCCUGGUCUUGAAACACUGAGAAGUGAUCUGAUACUGUGGACGUUUGGAGCUAAAAACUGUCUUGUUAUUAAAGCCGAAUCAGGAACGACGAGUAUUAGUGAUAGAUUCAGAGGCAGACUGGAGCUGAAUCAUCAGACUGGAUCUCUGACCAUCACAAACACCACAGAUACAGACUUUGGACUUUUUCAACUUCAGAUCAUCAACAGAGACCGGACCAGAUACAGGAGAUUCAAUCUGACUGAUACUAUGAAUGAAUCAACUGAAGAGAAACCACUGCUGAAUUAAGAGGAUGAGCAGCAGGGGACUUCAGUUUAAUAAGACAUGCCCACCAGUGCCAAUCACUGAGCUCAACAACAUCU